UUUGUUUAAUUCGAAUUACAUAUUUAGUGGCCAAUGAAAAGUAGUUUUAGAUUGCUUGAUAUACUAGGGAGUGCUCAUGGCAAAAGUAAUAAGACGUUGUUCACCAUUUUCUGAAGAAGAAAGUUCUAUUUUGUUUGAUAUUCUAAGAAAACAUCUUAACCUGGUUGAACCAGAGAAUUUCGAUAUUUUGUCAAUUGCAAUACGAUCUAACACAUGGCAGUCGGUGUGUGAGGAAUUUAACUCCCAUAGUGCUGUCAAACAACGAAGCCAAAUACAGUUGAAACGAUUUUGGGAAAAUCGUAAAGCUAAGAUAAAGAGAAGUCUGCAGAAGCUUCUAACUGCCAACAAUGAACUUGGAAAAUCUGAAUCACCACAUAUAGAUAACCAAUUGUUUGAGUACUCUACAUCCUCACUGAGAUCAACAGCAACACCUGUUGGUGCAUCAUUAUUUAGUUAUCCUGCCAUAAAGAGCAAUCUUACUUUUCCAAAUCCUGAAGUUACUCCACAUUUCAUAGAAUCUGCCUCCUACACAGUGUAUCAGGGCGAAGGGAGGAGCAUCACUGACUCUCCAGGCACCGGCGAUCCUUAUAAGAACUCUGUGGUGCAUCCUUCGGAGGAUUUAAGUGGGUCUCAUCUGCUGAAAUUUGAACGCCCACCCACUUACGCCGAAAUCAACAACAGAGGAGGAAGGAAUAGUAUGCUGGAGCCUGAAAGUGCAGAUUCUGAUGGAGACAUGGAUAACGGUGACACAGAAGGUGCCAGAAGUAAAGCAGAGACUGCAGCACGACUAGCUCGUCUCCGUCGUCGAGAAAGGCAAGAAGAGGAGCUGCAUGCUUACCGUCUGCGUGAAGCAGCAGCACGUGCAGCUGCAGCAGAGGCAGAGAGACGUGCUGCUGAGGAUGCUGAAACAUGGGCUGCAGAAGAGCGAGCACGAGCUGCGCAGAGAGAUGCUGAACUACACCGACUCAAUGUGGAACGCUUGCAGCUGGAGCUAGAUCUACUGCGUGCAGAGCAUCGGGCCCGACACUAGCUCUGAACAAACGAAUGUAAAGGGAUGAUAUGAAAUUCAUAUCGUCUACCAUGUGUUAGUGUUUUUGGGCACAUACACAGUAUUGAUUUUGAAAAUCAUGUGUAUCUUAAUGUGCUGAAAAAGUUUGUCAUGACGAGAUCAUCAAUUUAAUACUACCAAGGAGUAUAAAUGCUUGCCUUUUAGGCAGGCAUGUAAGACUCCCUCAGGUGCAGUUGUCAGUAUGUGUGAUGUGAGUACGAACUGAAAGGCAAUCCACUGAAAAUACAGUCACUGGCAGUGUUGAGUUUACAGAUUUAUAGUGAUGUGUGGGUUACAGUGAAAAGCGAUUCAUUUUGAAGGUAUUUCAAAAGUAAUGAUUUGAAUGAGUAGUACACUGUUGCCAUGAUGAUGAGAAAUUGUGAUGCAAUAAAAUGACACCGUACUAGUGUCAUUUGUGUGAGGCAUUUCCUGUUUUUGUGAAGAAGUCUCAGUUUAUGCAGUAUUAUAUACAGAAAAAACACUGUUUCAUAAAUUAUAUGUGUGAAGGCAAGCAGUAAUCAGAAGAAAGCUUCUUUUCCAACCAACACCAUUGAGUCCUGUGGGUUGCAAUUGAGCCUCUGUGAAAGUCGAUCUGUUGAUGUACCUAUGAAGCAAGUAGGAAGAGAAGUUGAAGUAACUACAGAAUGACAAAUAACCAUCAUGGAAAUACCAAUUUGUUUGUUGAGUGAGUGAUGAAGUAAAUCAUGAUUUAAUUAAUUAGAUUAUUGGCUAUAAGGUGAUAAGAUUAUUGACACUUCGUUCUUUUGUCUGAUUCAUGUAAUGUUGUACAGAAUUAUCAGAUGUUGUUUAAUUUUUUCUUGAAAUAGGGAAGCUUAGAAAUUAUGUAACUGCAGUGUCCUCUUGUAUGUGUUAUUUAUGUAAUCAACAGGUUUAAAUUAGUUAACAGAUGUAGGAAAGUUCUUGACUGUUUUCUGCAGUGUCACCGGAGUAAUGCAUAUCUUUACACACAUUUGCACAACUUUUAUGAGAUGAGAUGAAAUGAAAUGAAGAUGGUUUGAGUGUGCUACAGUGUGACAUUGUUCAAGAUAUGUAAUGAGUUAAACAUGAAAACUGGAUUAGAUUGUUCUUCGUCAUGGAAAGUUAAGUUUGUAAGAACCUGUGAAUCUAUUGUGUGUGCAGCUGCAAAUGUGAGGUUGAGUUGAGGUAGCAUGCAUUUUCCUAUACCCUUUUUUUUUUUUUUUUUUUAGUCUGAUUUUCUUUACUUCAGUUCAGCUGUAGUGGUAAUUAAUUUCUGUAUAUUAAAAAUAGAACUGAAGAUGUGUGAAACUUGAAAAACCUCUUUCUCCGUCAUCUGAAUGAGGCAAAAAGUUCGUGCUUGGUACAGUUAGCACCUCAACAAAAUAAUGAAGUCAUAUGUUGCUUCAUUUACAGUGUAGAAAUUGUAAAGAAACUGAAUAUUUUCUGAAUA